UGGCCGGAGCCGCGGACAGCAGCAGGCAGCGCGUGGCUUCUGAGCAGCUGCAAGAGCGGCCAGUUGAAGUAGUAGGCAGGCUGUGGCUGGGAGCGCUGCGUGGUAACCUUUCCCUGCCCUUUUGACCUUUUGCCAGUCCCACGUUUUGGGGUUUCAGGAUGCCGGAGGGCCCAGAGCUCUUUCUAGCCUCCAGAUACAUCAACGCAGAAUGCGCAGGAGUCACCUUUACGGGGAAGGUAGAAAAAUCCCAAGUCAGCAAGAAUGUGGAGGUGCCUUUUGAGAGCGAUGGGUACCUGAUCUCGGCUGCCUCCCGGGGCAAAGAACUGAAGCUGACUCUGACUCCCCUCAAGCGGGAGGGCUCGAAAGAGCGCCCGAUGGACCUGGUCUUCCGUUUCGGCAUGACUGGGAAUUUCAAACUGGUCCCAGUUUCCGACAUGCCCAAACAUGCUCACCUGCGUUUUUAUACCCAAGAGAAGCCACUUCGCGUUCUCUGCUACGUGGACAUCCGGCGCUUUGGCAAGUGGCAGGUGGGCGGCACGUGGCAAGAAGACCGAGGGCCUUGCGUGAUGUUGGAGUAUGAACAAUUUAGGGACAAUGUCCUGAGGAAUCUCUCCGACAAGGCCUUCGAUAAGCCCAUCUGUGAAGCUCUGCUCAACCAGAAGUUUUUCAACGGCGUUGGCAACUAUCUCCGGGCUGAAAUUCUUUACCGAACAAAAAUCCCUCCCUUUGAGAAGGCACGGACCGUUCUGGAAGAUCUUCAGCGUGGGCUGCAGGUUCCGGGUGCAACCUUGAGCAAGAAAGUGAAAUUGAAACGAGAGAACCCCGACUUGCUGGAGGCCUGUCACCUGUUGCCCAUGGAGGCUGCGAAUCUAGGAGGUGGCAAAGGAUAUGACCCCACCAACAGAGAGGAUGCUGCAGUCUUUGUAGAGUGGCUGCGCUGUUACUCUCUUCCCGGCAUGAAAUCCCUGCGUGACGCUAACGGCAGAACCAUCUGGUUCCAGGGAAACCCAGGACCUCUGGCUCCGAAAGAGCGGAAAUCUCCGAAAAAGAAGAUUCAAUCAAAGUCUAAACCAGCCGUGCAGAGUUCAAAGCCCCUCAAGCCAAGGAAGAGCUCAACCAGCAGCCCUGCUCAGAAAGAAGCUAAGGGAAGGAAGAAACGUAGAGCGGAGAACGGAGGAGUCACCCAAGGAAAGGAGGAGGGCACUAUAAUCAAGAGAGCCACGGCGGGACCCAAAACCAGAUCUCAGAAAUCAUCUUUUGAUCUGCAAGAGUCUCCCCUGCUAAGUUCUCCAGCUCCGGCACGGAAGAGGCGAACGCCUGUUCAGAAAAAACAGAGCGAGAAAGCAAAGGCGUCAGUCGUCUCGAGAACUAAACGGGUGAAGGCUUCCUAACCCUACUCAACGGGUAGAUCUUCACGCUCCAACGGAGGAGAUAAAUGCAGCUUUGGGAACCCAGAUUACCGAAUGAAGAAUCCCCUCAUGAGCUUCAGGGAUAACAGCGUCAUGGUCCAACGGAGGGGAUAAAUGCAGCUUUUGAUCCGAGAUUACCAGCUGAGAACAAUGUGAGGCAAUGUUUUCCUGCUUCCUCCUUUAGCAACUUUUAAACUUAGCUUUACGCAGAUUUCUUGGAUAUUACUUCUGCUUUUCAAAACCUGCACUUGGAGACCAAAAAAAAAAAGCCUUUGGUUUUACGUUGUCCUGGCAAAGUGGAACGGGAAGGAGUCCAACAGUUUGACGAGUUGUCACCCCUCAAAAAUUUUAUCGUGGAAAGGAAAUCAGCACAGUGCAGAGAACUUUCUGAAUAAAAGUUCCGGACAGCGAAGGAGUGAGAUUUAAUCUUCAACGAUUAAUCAAAUGCUUUGCCUUCCUUCUAUAGCAAUAUAUUUGUGUAUGUCUUUUUUAAAAAAGUUUUUAUAUACUAAUAAAAUAGUAAUAAUCCUGCUUUAAAA